AUUUCCUCCUAAAACCGGAAGCACGUGUAUGAAGUGUUGUGUUUACAGUUUUGCUGUUGAAUCAACAGAAUGGUGAGAAAAAAGAUUGACAAUCGCUUAAGGAUCCUAAUAGAAAAUGGAGUGGCGGAGAAGCAUCGCUCCAUGUUUGUGGUUGUCGGUGAUCAUGGCCGAGACCAGAUUGUUAUCCUUCACCACAUGCUGUCCAAGGCAGUAGUUAAGACCCGACCAACUGUUCUAUGGUGCUACAAGAAAGAACUAGGAUUUAGCAGUCACAGAAAAAAGAGAAUGAAACAGAUACAGAGGAAGAUCCGGAGCGGUAAACUAGAUGUGAAGGAGGACGAUCCGUUUGAGCUGUUUGUAUCCUCGACAAACAUCCGCUACUGUUACUACAAUGAGACACACAAGAUACUGGGUAGCACGUACGGGAUGUGUAUAUUACAGGACUUUGAAGCUCUCACUCCCAACCUGCUGGCCAGGACUGUGGAGACGGUGGAAGGGGGAGGGGCUAUUGUCAUCCUUCUACGGACCAUGAAAUCUCUCAAGAAGCUCUACACAAUGACAAUGGAUGUCCACGCAAGAUACAGAACUGAGUCGCACCAGGAUGUUGUUGGCAGAUUCAAUGAAAGGUUUCUACUGUCGAUGAUGUCCUGUAAGAACUGUAUGGUGAUAGACGACCAGUUUAAUCUUCUCCCACUCUCGUCUCACAUAGUCAACAUACAGCCCGUACCAUCUAAGUCACUGGAGGAUGAGUUGUCCCCAGAACUGCAGGAGUUACGGACCCUUAAGGAGUCGCUACAGGACACACAGCCUGUGGGAGCACUCAUCAACACAUGUAAAACACUUGACCAGGGAAAGGCUUUAUUGACGUUUGUUGAAGCCAUUUCUGAAAAGACGUUGCGGAGCACAGUUGUAAUGACUGCAGCAAGAGGACGGGGAAAGUCAGCAGCCCUGGGACUAGCUAUAGCCACUGCUGUAGGAUUCGGGUAUUCAAAUAUAUUUGUCACCGCUCCAAGUCCAGAAAAUCUGAAGACCGUAUUUGAAUUUAUUUUCAAGGGAUUUGAUGCUCUAGAGUACCAGGAGCACUUAGAUUAUGAGAUAAUCCAGUCUACAAAUCCUGAGUUCAACAAAGCUAUUGUACGAGUGAACAUCUUCAGGGAACAUAGGCAAACAGUUCAGUAUAUACACCCAGGAGAUUCCCAUAAGUUGGGACAGGCAGAGCUGGUGUGUAUUGAUGAAGCUGCAGCCAUCCCUCUGCCGUUAGUAAAAAAUCUCCUAGGACCCUACUUGGUUUUCAUGUCGUCUACAGUCAAUGGAUAUGAGGGAACUGGUCGGUCACUAUCACUCAAACUGGUUCAACAGCUCCGACAGCAGUCUGCUACCUACGGUGGGACAUCCAAGGAACUACAGAGAACUGCCAACAUGACCUCCAAGACAGAUUCCGUCUCCUCAGCAUCAGGUCGUGUUUUACAUGAGGUUGUACUGAAUGAGUCCAUCAGGUACGCCAACGGUGACCCGGUGGAGAAAUGGUUAAAUGACCUUUUGUGUUUGGAUGCGACGUCUGUUCCACGAAUAACGUCAGGCUGUCCUCUACCAGAGACAUGUGACCUCUAUUAUGUUAACAGAGAUACCUUGUUCUCCUACCACAAGGCAUCAGAAGCCUUCCUCCACAGGAUCAUGUCCCUCUAUGUCUCCUCCCAUUAGAAGAACACUCCCAAUGACCUACAGCUGCUGUCAGAUGCCCCAGCUCACCAUAUAUUUGCUCUUCUGGGUGGGAUCAACCCCGACCAGUCGUCCCUUCCUGAGGUCCUCUGUGUGGUACAGGUAAGUCUGGAGGGAGAGAUAUCCAAAGCGACCAUCAUGAACAGCUUGUCUCGUGGUGAGAGGGCCUCCGGAGAUCUCAUUCCAUGGACGGUCUCUCAACAGUUCCAAGACCAUGACUUCCCCGGAUUGUCUGGUGGGAGAAUUGUAAGGAUAGCUACUCAUCCAGAUUACCAAGGGAUGGGGUAUGGUACCCGGGCUAUGACUUUACUGGAGAAGUACUACGAGGGGAACAUCCCAAACCUGUUGGAAACUGUGGAGGAAACAGAAACGGAGAUCUCCACUGUUGGUGAUGAGGAUGUGAAUUUAUUGGAAGAAAGAAUUAAACCUAAGAAAAACCUGCCACCACUGUUGCUAAAAUUGAGUGAGAGAAAACCUGAAAAACUGGAUUACCUGGGUGUGUCUUUCGGACUUACAGCUAAUCUACUCAAGUUUUGGAAGAAAUCAAAGUUCACUCCUGUUUACUUGAGACAAACAGCAAACGACCUGACCGGAGAGCACUCGUGUAUCAUGCUGAAGAUGUUGAACGAGUCUGAGGAGGAGGAUGAAGAGGACAAGAGGACAGAUUCUUGGCUGUGUGCCUUUUGGAAAGAUUUCCGGCGGAGGUUUGUGUCUCUGAUGUCCUACCAGUUUAAGAACUUCACCCCUGCCUUGGCUCUGAGUAUACUUCAACAGAAACACUUCAAAAAAGCUGCCAAAGGUACAAUGUCCAAGAGAGACCUUGACCUGUACCUGAGUAACUAUGACCUGAAGCGGCUGGAGCUGUACUCCCAGAACAUGGUGGACUACCAUCUAGUGAUGGACCUCCUACCCACCAUUGCUCGUCUCUUCUUCCUUGACCAGGCUGACAUCCACCUCUCCGCCGUACAGUCGGCUAUCCUACUGGGCAUGGGACUACAGCACAAGACUGUGGAUGAGUUAGAGAAAGACCUUGACCUUCCUUCCAGUCAGCUGUUGGGACUCUUCAGCAGAGUUAUACGCAAGAUUGUCCAGCAAUUCAGUGAGAUAGUGGAGACAGACAUAGCCAAGGACAUGGUGGAGCGGAAAGAAAUCACCAUGGAACCCGUCAGACAGACAAUGGAAGAGGAUCUGGAGGAGGGAGCAGAAGAUGAGAAGAAGAAACAACAGAAGAAGGACCUGGCGGUGAUGAAGGAUGUCGACCUGUCCGAGUUUGAGAUCCAGGGCACAGAACAGGACUGGAACAAAGUCCUUACCGGCAAGAGCGGUAGAGGGCUUGUUAGCAUUAAAAGUGGAUUUAAGAAAAGGAAAAUGGAAGAGGCAAAACAAAAGGAGCAGAAACCAGUAGACAAUGAGGAUGUGCCUCCAGAAUUUAAAAAGAAAAAGAAACAUCACAACAAAAAGUUCAAUAAAUCUUAACAAAUACUGUAUUGACUGUAAAUAUUGAUGAUUUCAUGGUGACGUUGUCGUUAGAUCCAGUCAAUUAUUGUGAUAUAGAUGUCUGUGUUAGCCACAAUUCAGUUUAAAACAAAUGUUAGUAGAUUCUGUAUUCACUGUAAAUAUUGAUGAUUUCAUGGUGACGUUGUCAUUAGAUCCAGUCAAAUAUUGUGAUAUAAAUAUUUGUUUUAGCCACAAUUCAGUUUAAAACAAAUGUUAGUAGAUUCUGUAUUCACUGUAAAUAUUGAUGAUUUCAUGGUGACGUUGUCAUUAGAUCCAGUCAACUAUUGUGAUAUAAAUGUCUGAUUUAGCCACAAUUCAGUUGAAAACAAAUGUUAGUAGAAAGAUUUUAAAUAAGGUUUUAACAUUAAAGUCAUCUGUCGCCUAUCUGAUUCAUUACUUACUGAAAUUGAUACACAAUCUGUUGGCUGUACAUUAACCUUGAAAUGAACACGGACGAGACAAGGAAGAGCUGUUAAAGAGACGUUUAUUGUUUUACUGGGUUAUCUAAGAUAACCUUUAUACACACUUGACAAUGUCUAUGAAUAAAAUCAUAAA